AUGUCGGACGAUAAAUCACGAGAAGCUUUCACUUCAGAGUCACUUGCGCGCUUCCGACUCAAUGCUAGUAAAUCAUCCAUAGGUGAAAUACUGAUUGGUGAGAUUGUCACGUACCUAGCGCUCAAGAAUCCGCCAUGGAAGAAAGCGACGACGACGAAUCCUUCUUUUCCUACCGGUGAAGCGUGGUAUGCUGCAGCAGGAAGUGCUUCGACUGCUAAGAUGGACCCCAAAUCUCAAGAACUAAUCAAGUCAUAUGAGGCAUAUGCAAAACCUUCACUUCCAGAAGGUCAUAGCGUCUCUGCAUUUGUCGGAACGGUGUUUGCCAACUUGGCAAAGUCCGGUUCGGCGGAUGACGAGAAAACCCUCAAAGACGCUCUUGAGAAAGAAGCUGCUAAAUUCAAGCAACGAUCAGAAGAUGCGAAGUAA